AAAAGCAAUUUCCAACUGUCAAUAACUGUUAUUUUUCCCGCCCAAAAUGCCCCCUGUCAAUUUCAAUUUUUAUCGUCACCUUUCUUCCAAUCCCACUCAACGGCUAUGUCCCCUAGCUCAAUCACACGCUUUAAUUCUUCGGAAACUCAAAGAUCUCAAACCCCUUCAACAAAUUCAUGCCCAAAUCAUCACCUCUGGCCUCACCCACAACACCUUCCUCUCCAACAGUUUGAUGAACGCAUACGUAUACUGUGGGCUUUUGGCUGACACCAAGCAGAUUUUUCACCAUACACCGUGCAAGAAUGUGGUUUCCUGGACAAUUUUGAUAUCUGGGCUUGCUAAAAAUGACUGUUUUGUUGAGGCGAUUGAUGUGUUCCGCGAGAUGAUUGUGGGUAACUUUAAGCCCAAUGCCGUUACAAUUUCGAGUGUUUUACCUGCUUUUGCUAAUCUAGGGUUGAUCCGGAUUGCGAAAUCAGUGCACUGUUUUUGGGUUCGGGGUGGUUUUGAAGGUAAUGUGUUUGUGGAGACGGCUUUGGUUGACAUGUACUCGAAAUUUGGGUGCAUGGGUGUUGCGAGGCAGUUGUUUGAGAGUAUGCCAGAGAGAAAUGUUGUUUCGUGGAAUGCGAUUGUUUCAGGUUAUUCUGAUCAUGGGUUUUCUGAGGAAGCGAUUGAUCUUUUUAAUUUGAUGCGGAGAAAAGGGUUGCUAGUGGACUUCUAUACAAUAAUGAGUUUGAUACCUGCUUCUUUGAGUGUGGGUUGUUUGCAGGUGGGAACUGGAAUCCAUGGUUUUAUAAUUAGGACUGGGUAUGAGAAUGAUAAACAUAUUAAAACUGCUCUAAUGGAUAUAUAUGUAAGUCACAAUUGUGUUGAUGAUGCUCAUCGUGUAUUUAGUGAGAUGUCUGUGAAGGAUGUGGCUGCAUGGACACUAAUGCUAACGGGCUUUUCAAGUGGUCGACAUUGGGAUAGAGCCAUCAAACAUUUCAAUAAAAUGUUGGGAAUACAAAAUUUAAAAUUGGAUUCUAUUGCUUUGAUGGGUAUUCUUUCAAGCUGCAGCCAUUCAGGAGCUUUGCAACAAGGUAGACGAGUUCAUGCAUUGGCUAUAAAAACAUGUUUUGCAAAUAAUAUAUUUGUGGGAUCUGCUGUUAUAGACAUGUAUGCAAACUGUGGAAACUUGGAAGAUGCAAAAAGGUUUUUUUAUGGGAUGGGAGAAAAGGAUGUUGUGUGCUGGAAUGCUAUGAUUGCUGGUAAUGGGAUGAACGGGUAUGGUACAGAUGCAAUUGAUCUCUUCUUGCAAAUGAAGGGUUCAGGUCUAGAUCCAGAUGAAUCAACUUUUGUCAGUGUCUUGUAUGCAUGUAGUCAUGCUGGGAUGGUUUAUGAAGGGCUCCAAAUUUUUUAUCAUAUGGUCAAAACCUCGCAUGUCAUUCCCAAUUUGCAACAUUAUGCUUGUGUUAUUGAUAUUCUUGGCCGUGCAGGGCAACUAGAUGCUGCUUAUUCAUUCAUUAAUAACAUGCCAUUCCAGCCGGAUUUUGAUGUUUACAGCACCUUGCUUGGUGCAUGUAGAAUUCAUGGUAACAUAAAGUUGGGGCAUAAGAUUUCCCAGAAAAUUUUUGAGAUGGAGCCAAAUGAUGCUGGGUAUUAUGUUCUGCUUUCAAACAUGUAUGCUUUGGCAGGAAACUGGGAGGGUGUAAAGAUGACCAGAGCAUCACUGAGAUCAAAGAGAUUGAAGAAGGACCCAGGCUUUAGUUCAAUUGAGAUAAAUCAAGAAAUUUAUACAUUCAUGGCAGGAGAAAAAGAUCAUCCUCAGUACUUCAAAAUUGAAGGGAAUUUAAAGGGCCUAAUCUUGAAAAUAAAAAAAGCAGGUUAAGUACCCAAUACUAAUGUUCUACUCCAAGAUGUUUCAGAUGAUAUGAAGAAGGAUAUCUUGUAUCAUCACAGUGAAAAGAUGGCCAUUGCCUUUGGGUUGAUGAGAACCAAGCCAGGGACAAUCAUUAGGAUAACAAAGAAUCUGCGCACCUGCGAUGAUUGCCACUCUGCUAGCAAGUUUGUUUCCAAAGUUUUUGGAAGAGUACUUGUUAUUAAAGAUGCCAACCGGUUCCAUGUUUUCCAAGAUGGAGUUUGUUCUUGCAGAGACUAUUGGUAACUGUAAGAACGCUAUGCAUAUAUUCAUCCGGGAGUCAUCUUGCUCAGGUAUAUGCUCAUUUUAAUCUUAGCUAGCUGCACUUUUAUUACUAAUCUGUGGAUGCAUGCAGGGAAAGCAAUUAAGCCUUCUGAAUUUGAUUAGUGAAGUGCUGUCAAAGGACAGGAUUAUUCUUUCAAUCCACUACUCCCUCCGAUGCAAUCAGAACACUUUCUUAUUAUAAUUGGUAUGGGCAAUAUGUGUAUUGAAAAUGGAGGCUUCAUUUUACCUGAUUGAAAUUCUAACUCAGUAUUAAUCCAACCACUUGGGGUUGGCUGCAUGUCUUUUUCACCUUUCAACUUUAUCUAGAGCCACAUCUUCCAUUAAAUCCUUCAAUCUAUUUAGUUUUAUCAUGUUCUUUUCUACCUUCCUCUUAUACUUUUGACACCUGUAAAAAUCAAAUCACUUUGCUGCUCUGUGUGUAUUACUGUUCAUUGCUCAUAGCUAUACCAACUUAUAAACAACUGCCCUUGUGGAAGUCCAAAAUGAUGUGAACAAAGUAUUUAGAAUGGAUUUUGGAAGAUGUGAUCACGUGCAUAAGUUAUAUGGCUAUGAGGAACAGUUAUAACAUGAAUUUUGAUUGCUGAAGAUUGAGUUAUAAAGGGAUUCAUUUAGAUGAACUAAAUGUUUGGGUAAGAUUUUUCUAGUUGAGUUCAAUCCUUGAUUCAACAGCAGAAGAAAUUGUUUAGUCUGUCAAAAAUUUCAAUUUCUUGAACUUGUGCUUGGAUAGGAGAAUGUCGAAAAGAUCAACACAAAAUGGAAAGGAAUGGAAGAAGGCAACAUGGGGUUUCAACCAACAACAAAUAGUGAAUGAAGACAUAAAAUGACAAACACAACAAAGUGUUCUUAAUUAGAAUCUUCUCUGCCUGCCUCUGAUGAUGCUGUCUUUCCCAUCUUGCAGCCUCUUCUCCAAGCUCUCCACCACAGGGUGCCACACAGGUUUCACAUUGUAAGGGACCCUCUUUUACCUCUUUGUUGCUAAGGUCAACCGAACUUUCCUUUGCAGCAAAAUACAGCCAGCCUUUCUAGGGCAUUUCAGUGUGAUGUUUACUGGAAAAUACUUCUAUAAGCACUCGCAGAGAUUGUGGCAGCUAAAAGUGAAGCAUUUAAAACAACCUGUUCUUCUGAAAUUCUAGGAAGGGCCGGAAAGUAAACUUUCUGGUUUUCAGAUGCAUUUUUAUGACAACUUUGGGUGUGUUACAAGAUAUCACGUGCAGAAGUUUUCUAAAUUUUAUAUGGUUAUGGAUUUCUUUAUAUGCAUAUGAUAUGCAGAUAAAUUUUACUGUUGGAAAUUUGGAAUAGUGUAUUAUCUUUUCUUAGUGUUUUCUUUUCAUCAGAAUCUUUUCUUUUCUCUUUCAUCGAGGCCUGUUUUAAUCUCAUUUUGUUUAAUGCAAUGCACCAUAAAGUUUAUAUUCUUCUGUCA